AUGAAGAUCAAGCACGCUGGCAUGAAGGGGAGGAAACGCUUCUUAGCUGACCUUGAUGAGAUACGGACGGCAUGUAGGCAAGGAUUAUGCUUGAGCGGCCUGAGAGUGACCCGAUUGCAACCAAGCGAAGACGAAGGAACGUUCGAGUUUACUGUUCUCCACGGUGCAGAGCACGUUGUGACCAUCAACCUGCUCAUUUCCGAAACUGCCGAGUAUCCCAGUGAACACGCAUUCUUUGCGUUCUCGCCCGACAAGGACCUACCGCCUCGCGUAUCGCACGUUGUCGAGGGAAUAUCGGAACGAGGCUCGAAUUUGAUAUGCGUUACGGUACAAGAUAUCCUGAACAAUCUAUCCAGGGCCAUUGGCAUAGAGCAGGCUGCUCUCAAGGAGGGGGACUCCGAUGCUGACGAGCUGGAAGACGACGAUGAAGACGAAGAGUACCUCUACGAUGACGAUGACCAGUUUGGGAUAUCAAGUGGCCCUACGGUAUCGAGUUUCUCUCUGGAUCACUUGCAACGGGAUUUCAUCGAGGUAGUGGGAAUUGGUAGUGAUUAUCGCCCAGGCCUUAUUCGGUUCAACUUGGACGACGUAGCUAUUACUAUUUCACGACCGGUGAUCUCCCUUGCGAAGGACAUCCCUCCGCGGGCUUUGAUGGCCUGGGACCGUCGCCUACUGUCAAGCAUGCAACAUCUCACGCUCCUCAUACACGGCGUGCGCGGCGUCUAUCCAGUCCUACAACCGGACGGGAUGUACACUCGCGAUGCACUGGUCAAAGGCGCCAAGCCAAAGUUCCACGUUGGCUUGACUGCGCGUUAUAAGCCUGGAACCACCCAAGUGAGAGAGCUCACCAGGCACUUUGGACUAGUACAACAAGAUGAUGAUAAUGACGACGACGACGAACAAAUGGAAGAUGACUUCCUGGUGGAAGACGGGAACGCUAUUGACACAGCGGACGUUAUUCCCGAGCCCGAAGAGGAGGAUAUCGGUCGAUUCGACAAGUUCAGUUUGAGCACAGCGAUGGAGUCGCUCCUCAAUGAAGUAUUCCUACAUGUUGUGCAGUUGAGAAUUCGGUUCAAGCUAGGCUGGGCGGCUGCCGAACUACUGAGGAGCGAGGCGGAGAAGAAGCAGCGCAAGCCAGAGGAGAUGUACGAAGUGAUGAAAGAUGAUCUCAUAAACGCCGAUUGGGAAGAACGACGACUGGGAAACUCUUACCGACUUCCUUACGAUCCUCUGACCCACACGGAGAAGGGGGCAGAUAUCAAUCUUCCUUUGCUUGCAUUCUCCUACCUUAUACGACGUUUAACGCUCUGUGCACGAUAUUGUCUAGUCUGCCACGACCCGAUCAAGUCCGACUACGAAGCGCUGAAGCCCUAUGUUUGCGAUAACAAGUUAUGCACCUAUCAAUACUACCACAUGAGCCUCGGCACGUCGCUCGAGUAUGAAAUAUGUGCCAACCCUGCUGUUGUCGAUCUGUUGCUUUCUUUGACCUAUUGUGCUGCUGCUGAAGGGGUGUUAGACGACCCGCUGCCGGUUGGGAUGGGCUUACGCGUUCCUCCGCCUAUGGCUGGGGUUUCUACAUCCAAUCGUCAGAUCAUUGCAGUGCAUGCUGGGUCAGCUGUCAGCCCGCCGAAGGCUGACGGGCCAGAUGGUCUAUGCGAUUUCGACGUCAUGGACAUCGCAUGUAAACGGGCCGCCAUCCGAAACCUCAUUGACACUUUACCUCCGAUUGCGGACGUGAAGAGAUACCUGGAGAAGAAGGUCAAGGACGGUAAAUCGAAACCCAAACUUCAGCAAUACGAUCCUUCAAUAUUGCCAGCUGCAUGGGCUAUUCUGCGAUGGUGUGUCGCAUCGUGCACGGCACAUUUGGAGGAGUUGACUUCGGAAGAGGAAAUUGUUCAGAAUAUCGAUUCCUCCUGGAGGCAGUUCCGAUUUACCGUCGGCUCGCCAGACGCAGAGGCAAAAUUCAGCUCUGCCUUGAGGCAGGCCCAGAAGGAGAAUUCGUCUGCAAAGGCAUAUCCAUCUAUAUAUGCUUUCCACGGAUCUCCUUUACGCAACUGGCAUUCGAUCAUCCGGCACGGCCUAUGGUUCAAGGAUGUUGCCAACGGCCGAGCGUAUGGACACGGUGUCUACUUCGCAAAGGAUGGACGGGUUUCCAUGAACACUUACUCUGUCAAUGCCUCGUACACGUGGAGGAACAGUGCAUCGCUCCCUACCAAAGCUACAGCAUUAGCCGAGAUCGUCAAUCAUCCCAGCAAGUUCGUUUCUACAACCCCGUAUCUCGUCGUCGCACAGACCGAGUGGAUUGCUUGCCGUUACUUGCUCAUCAAGAGUUCUGGCGCGGUUCCGGUAACACCCAAGCCCGAUGACGCACCAACGGUGCAUACGCCAUUCGUCAGGUCCGACCCUUCACACAGUUUGACCAUGGGCUCGGCGCCUAUCAAGAUCCCCCUGCCGUCCCAUCAUAUCGAACGGUUGAUAUCAUUACGACGAGCGGAAGUGUACGACGAGAACUACGACGACGAAGAUACAGCUGUCUUCGAAGGGCCGAAACCCCAGGUCUAUAGCCAGUCAAAGGAUGAUGAUGCUGACGAAGACGAAGACGCAUAUAUGGACGAUGAUGACUAUGAGAUACCGGCCUCCCCGACGAGCAAAGGCAAGCAAAAGGAGUCGCUCGCCGCCCCUCUCGCGGACGACUGGGUGCACGAUCCAGAGUGGGUGAAUGCCAGCAUCGCUCACUUGAUGCCCCCGCCGGUGGAUGCGACGCCCAUGGCGACAAUGGCUCUGCAGAAGGAGCUCAAGGCGAUGCUGAACGAGCAGAAGAAGGCGAAGUCCCUGAAGGAGCUGGGCUGGUACAUGCCACCCGACCUCAUUGGUGACAAUCUAUUCCAGUGGAUCGUCGAGCUGCACUCGUUCGAGAAGGACCUUCCUAUUGCCAAGGAUAUGAAGAAUAAGGGGCUCAAUUCUCUCAUCUUCGAAAUCCGCUUCCCACCCUCAUACCCGCAUUCACCGCCCUUCUUCCGCAUCAUCAAGCCACGAUUCUUGCCUUUCAUUCAGGGUGGAGGUGGUCAUGUCACUGGAGGUGGCUCGAUGUGCAUGGAUCUUCUGACUACCGACGGAUGGCUUCCGAGCUACAGCAUUUCGGCUGUCCUCCUCCAAAUCAAGCUUGCCAUUUCUAAUCUCGACCCUCGCCCCGCACGUCUCGCAAACGAUUGGGAUAGACCUUACGGUGUGCAGGAGGCGCUGGAGGGGUACAAACGAGCGGCCGGCGCCCAUGGAUGGACCCUCCCAGCUGGCAUCGACAAGUUGGUCCGAUAG